GUAUGUUACAUUUUUUCUUUUUGUCACGCAUAACGUAUUGUUUUAUUUAAACUACGCAAAUAAAAGAUAUGCGAGGAAACCGUUUCUUUAGAGAGCUUGAAGCUCUCGAAGCUGAUGAGGUAUUUCAACUUAUUGAAGAGAUACCAUCCGGAGAAGAAUCAGAAGCUUCCGAAAUAGAUUCAGAUGAUGAUGGACGAGGGGAUGAACCUUCCGAUGAUACCAAUGAUGAAUCAUUUGUUAUUGAAGAUGAUCUUCAAGAAAUACAAAAUACUGGGGAAAAUGAAGACACUGGUACGGACAUUGAAAUAGAAUCAAGUCAUCAAGAAUCAAGUGAAGACGAAACUAGAGUCAAUAAUAGGAAAAGAAAACGAACAAAAAAAAUACAAGACACAAAUACAAAAAACAAAAGUAAAAAGAAACCUAAGAAUGAAGAAAAGGUCGUUGUGUGGUGCGAUGAUUCAAAAAAAUUUGGUAAGAGUCCUUCAGCUUUUGUAAGUGAUGUAGGUCCUAAUGUACCCGAAGAGAUAGAAGAACCGCUGGAUAUAUUUAUGCUUCUUUUUUCAGAGGAACUUUUGGAUACAUUAGUAUUUCAGACUAACUUGUAUGCAACCCAAAAAAUAAACAAUUUAUUCCAACAACAAAAGAAGAAAUAAAAUGUUUCUUAGGAAUCAAUAUUCUUAUGGGUAUUAAAAAAGAUCCAAGUUACAGGGA